AGUGCUCCCCGUAACGAGGAGGUGUCCUCGGCCGUCCCGCCCUCUGCCGCCGUCGCCGGGUUGCGCCGCUAGUGCCGGGACGCGCCUCCGCGCUCCUCGCCGCCUCCACCCGCGCGGCCGUAGCUCCCCCUCGCUGUCCGCACGCACACCAUGACGAAGAAAGAGAAGAAGUCCUUCAACCAGAGCCUGGCCGAGUGGAAGCGCUUCAUCUACAACCCGACCUCCGGAGAGUUCGUGGGGCGCACCGCCAAGAGCUGGGGUUUGAUCUUGCUCUUCUACCUAGUUUUUUAUGGGUUCCUGGCUGCACUCUUCACAUUUACAAUGUGGGUUAUGCUUCAGACUCUGAAUGAUGAGGUCCCAAAAUAUCGUGAUCAGAUUCCUAGUCCAGGACUUAUGGUUUUCCCAAAACCAUUGAGUGCAUUGGAAUAUACAUUCAGUGCGUCUGAUCGAAGCUCUUAUAGAGGGUAUAUUGAAGACCUUAGGAAGUUCCUAAAGCCAUACACUUUAGAAGAACAGAAGAAUCUCACAGUCUGUCCUGAUGGAGUACUUUCUGAACAGAAGGGUCCAGUUUAUGUUGCGUGUCAGUUUCCUGUUUUCUUACUUCAAGCAUGCAGUGGUAUGAGUGAUCCUGAUUUUGGCUAUUCCCAAGGAAGCCCUUGUGUUCUUGUGAAAAUGAACAGAAUAAUUGGAUUAAAGCCUGAAGGAACACCAAGGAUAGAAUGUAUUCCAAAGGAUGAAAAUGUGGCAUCUAUAUCAACUUAUCCUAAUAAUGGAAUUAUAGACUUAAAAUAUUUUCCUUAUUAUGGAAAAAAACUGCACGUGGGCUAUCUGCAGCCACUUGUUGCUGCCCAGGUCAUUUUUUCUGCUAACAGUACAAAGAAAGAAGUGACAGUUGAGUGCAAAAUCGAUGGAUCACCCAACCUCAAAAACCAAGAUGAUCGUGACAAGUUUUUGGGACGAGUUGCGUUCAAAAUCAUAGCACGUGCAUAGUAUGAGUAGGAUCACCACAGAGUAAAUGUUGUGUUGUCUGUCUUCGUUUUGUAUCAGCUGGACCUGCCAUUGUAGAAUUAUGAGGCCGCCGGAGAAAGGUGGUGCGUGGUACGUGACACUGGGGUGACGUAAUAAUGUGCUUCCAGAUCACGGUGUUCAGUGUCCUCCGAAGUAACUGCCUGUUGCCUCUGCUGCCCUUUGAACCAGUGUACAGUCGUCACGUGGGGCCUGGUGAGCACCUGAUCCCAACCUGUAGAAAGAGGGUCCUGUCCUCUUCUUAUGUGGUUGAAUUGCCAAGUGUCUAAAGCUUAAUGUGCUGUGCUAUGUAAAUAUUUUAUGGAUUUAACACUGGUUAACUCGGAUUUUGAUGCCAACAAAGUUUUAGGAAUCAAAUGGUACCUUGCCAACAUCAAGUGACUUUAUAGCUGCAAGAAAUGUGUGUGGAAGAAGUUCUGUCUGUGAGCCCUGAAAAGGAAAUAAAAGUGGAUUUGAAAGUGU